AUGAAGACGUACAGGAUCGACACCAAGGGACUUGUGAAGUUGGUCUAUACGCAAGGCUGGACCCAGGACGUUAGUGGCGGCGCGCUCAGGUGUGACGUGCUCCUGAUAGAACAUAUCCCGACGAUCCGUAGACGAGCCCCGAAGACAUUCAGAACCCCGAAUAACACUAAGUUCACAGAGCCGAGCGCCAGCAGCGAGGUGAGAGGCGGGCCCCCCCACGAUCUUCGCCUCCUGGCCGUUCGGACCCCUCCGGUCGAUGAUCAACCGGUCGCGCGAGGCGUUCUUCCACACGUUGAACGGGUUACACUGCUCAUGGGCCGCCACAGGGCCCUCGGUGAACCCAAGGAGCCCCACCUUGUCCAGCUUCUGGAAGAAGGCCAACUGCUGGGCCCGGGGGGGCUUGCUGGCGCCCCCCCACUGGUACGACGACGGGUCAACCCGGCUAGUACGCAGGACCCCCGGCUCGUCGAAGGCCAGGGACAGCGGAGGCUCCAAGAAAUCCCCGAUGGACCAGUGAGCGAGAGGACCCUCAAGGACCAGACGUUCAGGACAAAGAGGGGCGUAGGCUCCUGGGACAGGGUGAACUCGACGGGGGCCCUGAAGACCGUAGGGAUCAACAGCUCUGAGAUGAUCUGA